AUGGCUGAGAAUCUUGAUGAUGAUGGGAUUGCUCAACAAAUUGUUAGUCCCAUCAUAUUGGUAGAUGAUCGAGCAAGGGCUAUAAGGGAGUAUGCUGCCCCCAUGUUUAAUGAGCUCAAUCCAGGCAUUGUGAGGCCUGAAAUACAAGCACCGCAGUUUGAGCUCAAGCCAGUGAUGUUUCAAAUGCUCCAAACCGUGGGGCAAUUCAGCGAGAUGCCAACUGAAGAUCCUCACCUCCAUCUCCGUUCAUUCUUGGAGAUGAGUGAUUCUUUCAAGAUCCAAGGAGUAAGUGAAGAGGUGCUAAGGUUGAAGCUAUUCCCAUUCUCACUACGAGACCGAGCUAGAUCAUGGCUCAACACUUUGUCUCCUGAUUUUGUUACCAAUUGGAAUGACUUUGCUGAGAAGUUUCUGAGGAAAUACUUUCCUCCUACUAGAAAUGCAAAAUUCAGAAAUGCAUCAGCCAAUGGUGCUAUUUUGUCGAAGUCUUACAACGAAGCAUUUGAGAUUUUGGAGACCAUUGCAAGUAACAAUUACCAAUGGUCCAACACAAGAGCUCCAGGUAGUAGAAAAGUGGCGGGGGUUCUUGAAGUGGAUGCAAUAACGGCUUUGACAGCUCAAAUGGCUUCCAUGACGAAUGUUUUGAAGAAUUUGAGCAUUGGGAACUCUAAAAAUAUUCAACCAGCUGCUGCCAUUCAAAGUGAUGAUGUCUCAUGUGUGUUUUGUAGAGAAGGGCAUGCGUUUGAGAAGUGUCCAUCUAAUCCGGAGUCCGUUUGUUACAUGGGAAAUCAGAAUUUUAAUAGAAACAAUGGGGCAUUCUCAAACUCUUACAAUCAAGCAUGGAAGAAUCAUCCUAAUUUGUCUUGGGGGGGUCAAGGAGCAAGCUCAAGCACCGCACCAGCCCAAGGAAGACAAGCAUAUCCACCGGGUUUUUCACAACAACCGCGACAUCCACAACAUGCUCAAAAUUCCCAACCAAGUUCUUUGGAGAGUCUAAUGCGGGAUUAUAUGGCCAAAAAUGAUGCGGUGAUACAAAGUCAAGCUGCCUUUCUUCGAAACUUAGAGUUGCAACUUGGACAUUUGGCCAAUGAAUUAAAAGCUAGGCCGCAAGGUUCUUUGCCUAGCGACACGGAGAAUCCAAGGAGGGAUGGGAAGGAACAAUGCAAAUCCAUUCACUUGAGGAGUGGCAAGCAUCUGAAAAAUUCCGAGGAGGAAAUAAAGGGUAGUGGGGAGCCCACUUCAAUCCAAAUCGACGAAAAAUUGAGUAAAAAAACUGCCCAGGAAAUUGCUGAUACCAGACCAGUUGAUACAGCAACGGGUCAGCAAUCUGACAGUCAGCAAUCCGCACCAGUAUGUUCUAGUUCUAAACCACCCCUUCCAUUUCCUCAAAGAUUUCAGAAACAGCAGCAAGAUGGGCAAUUCAAGAAGUUUUUAGAUGUGUUGAAGCAGCUCCAUAUCAAUAUUCCCUUGGUGGAAGCGUUAGAGCAAAUGCCGAAUUAUGUCAAGUUCUUAAAAGAUAUUUUGACAAAGAAAAGGAGGCUUGGCGAGUUUGAAACGGUCGCUUUGACCGAGGGCUGUAGCGCUAUGUUGAAGAAUAAAAUUCCACCUAAGUUGAAAGAUCCGGGCAGCUUCACAAUUCCAAUUUCCAUUGGGGGUCGAGAUGUUGGAAGAGCUCUUUGUGAUUUGGGAGCUAGUAUUAAUCUCAUGCCCAUGUCUAUUUUCAAGAAGUUGGUAAUUGGAGAAGCAAGGCCAACUACCGUCACUUUGCAAUUAGUGGAUCGUUCCAUGGCUCAUCCGGAUGGAAAAAUUGAAGAUGUUUUGGUACAAGUAGAUAAGUUCAUCUUUCCAGCAGAUUUCAUUAUUCUUGACUAUGAGGAAGAUAGGGAAGUUCCAAUCAUUUUAAGGAGGCCAUUUCUUGUCACGGGAAGGACUUUGAUAGAUGUUGAAAAAGGAGAGCUCACCAUGAGAGCUCAAGAUGAGCAAGCCACAUUCAAGGUUUUCCGUCCCAUACGUGCUCCGGAUGCAAUAGGAGAAUGCUUAGCAAUUGGAGAUAUGGAUCCUAAUAUGGUUGAGGAGUCCAAAUUCAAAGUUAGUAAGAAGGUGAGAAAGAAGAUUCCCCUUAAAGAAAUUACUAAGGAUCACGAGCCACAAGAAGGCAAAGACAAAGCAUUAUUUGACCCUAAACAACCACCCAAAAAGAAGAGAAAGAAAAAGAAGCUUAGUAGAAAAUUUCAGUCUCAAAUGUUUGAAGUUGGGCAACAAGUGAUUUUUUCCAACUCUUUAACGAAGGCUACUCAUGGACGACUAGAUUCAAGGUGA